GAGAGGACGCGACUGGACACUCCCUCGGCAACCGGUGUCGUCCUUUCUUCGCGUUGGAUUUAUCGGAAGGAGGAAGAAAAAAUAGGAAAGAAAGACAAUCGGCUUGUGCUAAAGGGCGACAGAGCGACGGAGACUUAAAGGUAAAGACUAUCGAAGUGUAUUGAGGCAGAAUAAACGGCUUAAUACGUCAGUCUGUGUGUUAUGCGUGGCUAUGAUUUUUUCACCAGAUGUAUAUGAUGUAAUCAAAAGCGAAAAAGGGGUAAGUGUGAGAAUUAAGAUAUAGAAAGGGGCAGGAGGAAAACAGAGGGAAGGAAGGGAGGGAGGAGAGGGAGAGGGAUAGACUUAGAUAAAGAGAAGAAGAAAGUGAAAAAAAUAAUUCGAGAGGGGAAAAAACGAAAGGCUAUAGAGGAGACAAGAAAGACUUACAGAAAGAUCAAAUUAAGCAAAGUGAAGGAACGCGACAAAAAGAGAGAGGAAGAGAGAAAAAAAAACAGAAACAGAGAGGGACAGAAACAGGGGGAGAGAAAGAGAGAUAUAAGGACUUUGUUUUAGUGCUUAAGAACUCGGUUUGCGCCAGCCAGCCAGCAGCAGAGAUAGGACACGAAUCACAGAAGGCUCCUACUCCUGUUAUCAAUGUCCGUCCGCAGUCACGUAUUGGGGACAGACCGAGGGACUGCGUGUGUGUUAGUAUCCAUGUGUACGUGCUGGGAGUGUGUUACAGAAGUGUGCUUUCUACGGUAUUUCUAAGUUCAAAAGUUCUAUGGCGAACUAGCAUGGGUUUCGUGGAGUGAUAAUGGAACCCUGAAGUAUGGUUUGGGUCGGUGCAGUUCAAGCAAGGCAGCCCCAGAGAUGUUUGUUACGGCAAGGACAAAGAUGGUGCUGAAACUGCCAGGGUGGUGGUGCUUUCUCGGCCCUCUGCUGUUCUUCGGCCCCGGCGUGAAGGGAUCAUUUACCCCAGCCUGCCCCAACGCCACCGGGCAAGAGGGCACGCUCGCCAUGGGCCACGACGACGCAGCGUUUUUCCGGCCGAAAGCAGGAGCCAGAGGGAGGGAAUUCACUCUGGAGUUCAAGCAAGGCCAAGAAACACUCUACGAACUCCAAUUCAAGAAGAGGUCCGGCUUGUUUAGAGUUUCCCUGACGGAACGGAAGGGCGCUCAGCAAAAUAAUAUUUUUGACAUGGGCAGGAUACCUGAGGAUUAUUUUUCAAAGGAUUCCUGGGCCUCCUUCCGUAUGAGCGAGGAGGAGGUCACACUCGCCCUCAGGAAGAACGACUUGGAGGGCAUGGAGACCAGACUGUGGGGGUUGCAGAUGAAGUUAGUGGAUGAGGUUGCAACAGGCACCGACGUCUUAGCUUUGACCAAAUGCUCUCCCGUUAUAGAUCCCACCACGCCCACCACCGUCGCCACCACGCCCUCAACGACCACCACGCCCUCCACCACACCCACCACCACAACGUCGCCCAUUUCCUCCAGCACCGAGGCUUGGACGGGCACCGCGCCGCCGGAAGACGACACCACGCCCGCCGAAGGAGGCAACGACACCACGUCCGCCGAGGGGGCCGAGGGUGGGAGCUCGGACGACCCAGUUCUGCUCGAAGCGGCUGAGGGCGCCGCGUCGGAGGAGCGCUGCUUCGGAGGAGCGCCUCUGUGGGCGUGGAUAUGCGCCUGUCUGCUGGGGCUCCUUGUGAUCCUGCUGCUGGUCCUGGCCGUGUACGUGGUCGUCCUCAGCGGCCAGAACAAGAGGAUGAAGGCGAGGCUGGCGAAGCAGGGGCCCGCCAGCCGCAGCCGCCUGGCGCCGUCGCCGAGCGCGGGGCUGGGCGUGCAGACGAGCGAGGUGGAGUUCUACCAGGUGCGCAACCCGAGCCUCAUGGUCGCCGAAGGAACCCUGUCCAGCAGCCACACCGCCCCGCGCCUCCCCGGCGGCCACCACGCCGUCUACACGCCCGCCUCGCAGGCCUCCAAGGGUCACGGCUCGUCCUCCACGCCCAGACUCUCGGCCUUCAGGAGAUCCAUGUCCCAGCCGGUGCCCAUCGAGGCUGGCCGCCGCGACCCGCCCUCUUUCGAGUUCCCGGGCCCACCAGCGACGCCCCCGCCCGGCCGCCCCGCCGACGAGGGCGAGGACUACGUGAACGCCGAGACCCUCAUGAUCGACGACUCGCAGCGCCGAGGCCAGGCGAGGGACGCCGAGCCCUUCCCCAGGAGCGUGGACAGCCUCCUCCGGGAACUGCAGUUCGACUGAGAGCCAAGGGUCAGCCUCGUGACGUCACUGCAAUAA